CGAAUGCCGCGAGCAUGAUGUUCCAGGAGAAGAUGUUCUUGGGAUCGAUCGAGUCGAAAAUCUCCCUCCUCGCGUCGAUCGGGCUCGCCAUCUUGGCGUAAUUCUGGAGGACACGAUUGGCGAGGAGAGUGUAGGAUCUGGAUUCUAGGGCAUUGGCAUUGCGCUGGAGGAGACGAUGGACGUGGCGCGCUUGGGAGGGAGUGACGCACGACUGGAUGAGGGCAUGGCUUUUGGAGGGUUUGCGAUUGAGCGUGGGAGCUGCGACUAGGCGAGGACGAGGGCGCCGCGCUAAUCCAGCUAUGGCCGUCCACUUCAAGUUCCGGAGCGCUGUGGCAUACGAUUCGAUCAGCCUCGAUGACCUACACAUCUCGGUGCGAAAUCUCAAGCAGCGGAUUGUGGAGCACAAGAAUCUCGCGAGCAACAGAACCAUAGAUUUCGACCUUGUCAUUACAGAUUCCCAGACUGGAGAAGAAUAUCGAGAUGAGAACUCUCUUGUUCCAAGGAACACGAGUGUCAUCAUCAAGCGUGUUCCCGCUGUUAGAUCUAAACAAGUUUUACAAGCUUUUGACCCGCCCAAAGUGCCUCCCAAUUCAAGUGCUACUGCUCCUGUAGCUCGUCCACCUGUUAAAUCCGAUGUCGAACCGGACGACUUUGGGAUGGAUCUCUUUGCAACUCCAGCGCCUGUGCCUGCUGCCAAGGCGGAGGAGGAUGCCAAAAUAGUGGAAAUGGUUUCGAAGUCAACUUUGGAGUGGCAAAGGUUUGAAAAUCCGUCUUUUGUUCCCCGUGGAGGAGGAAAAGGCAGAGGUCGUGGCUCAGGAGGUCCUCCUGCUGGAUAUGUUUGUCAUCGUUGUGGUCAGCCAGGCCAUUUUAUACAACAGUGUCCAACAAAUGGUGAUCCGAAUUACGACAUCAAGAAAGUGAGGCUCCCAGUUGGUAUUCCAAGGACACGCUUGAGACUCGACCAAGAAGGUUCAUAUGUGCUACCCGACGGUUCAGUGGCGAUGAUGCAACCGGACGAAAAUUUGUUUGCGAAAGAGGCGAAUGCUUUACUCUCCGUAAAGCCAACGACAGAGGCACCUUCGGAACUUCGAUGUCCACUUUGUCGCUCGACAUUUAAAGACGCUGUGAUGAUUCCUUGUUGCCAAUACAGUUUUUGCGAUAAGUGUAUAAGACAGAACCUCAUGUUGAAGGGACAAUGCCCUCAGUGUGGUUCAGCGAGAUUCAAAAAUGAUGACUUGCUGCCAAACAUUGCUUUACGGCAGGCUAUUGACAAAUUUAUGCAGUCGCAAACGCUUUCGACUACCGGGGAUCAAGGUGUAGCAAUACCUGAUGGGGACUCUACCGCGCAACACGUCAUUUCUCUGUCAGAGUCGAAGCACUCUGCUGAUGAUAACGUUGAGGCCGGUAAAGCAAGGGAAGCCUCGUCAGGUGUAGUCAAUGCAGAGAGUAGUGUGGCUAACAAGACGGAUGCAAAUUCACAUCCUGUAAUACCGAAGGAUGCCUCUGGAAGUCUCAACCCGGAAGGCAACGAGGCACUUAGAGACCUUGGAGAUGGGGGAAAAACUUCUGAGCCCUUUGUUCAUAAGGGCGCAGAUGAGAUAGCUCUGGAGUCUGAGGUUAGCAAAGGCAAGAAAAAGAAGAAGCGGGCUCGUGGUAUGAAUUCGGUGGAUGGAGGCGGUGUGGACGCUAGUGGCAAGGGCGAGCGUUUUUGUUAUCAGUGUGGCGAGGCUGGCCAUCUUGCGAAAGACUGCGUUGAAAAUGCUGGAGCAUAUCCACCACAUCCUGGCAUGUUUCCGCCAGGUGGAGCUUUUCCAAUGGGGCCAUACGGUCCGGAUAUGUUUUGGCCUGGACCGCCUGUACCACCGUUUCUCCCAGGCUACGCCGAUGGAAUGUAUGGCCCUGGCCUUGGACCUGUGCCACCACCUGGAGCGUAUCAGAUCCCUCCUUGCGUGCCACCUCCGUACGCAAGUAUUCCUCCCAUGCAUUGGUUCGGUGAUCAUCCCGGUAUGAUGGGUGGCGACAUGCCGCUGAGCAGGGAGGACUUUAUGAAACUCAAGGAAGAAGAACACAACCGACGAUCUAGAAAUGACCACAGAGGUGACUGGUCCCAAAGCAGCACUCGUGGAAGAUCACCUCCACAAGACUCGAGACGUGGAAGGUCACCUCCAAAAGACUCGAGACACGGCCGUCCUUCCGAAAGCCGAGACCGCAGGAAUGGCAGUGUGGAGAGGCAUCACAAAAAGCCCGAGGCCGACUACGAUUCCACGAGGAACUACUCUGACAGAGAGAGGUCUGACAGGGAGAGAACCUCGGCCAAGCAGUACAACAAGGAGCGGGACUACGAAAGUGCCCGGCGCUAUGCAGACGAGCAGCGUCACAAGGAAGAGCGGCGCAGCAAAUUCAGCUCUAAACCGGAAGAGGCACCACCACCAGCGUCAAGUCGACGAUCCCAGGAGAAAGACAGCAAGAGAAGCGACCAGCCACACACUAGCAGAUCAUCCGAGAGCGCCAGGAACAAGCAGCACGAGAAGACGUCUAAACCACCGUCCGAGAAGACGUCCGAGAGCUCGAGGAGCAAGCACUACAGCGAGAGGGAGGCCGAGAUCACGAGCACGGACGAGAAGAGAAAGGAGGAGAGCAGGAAACGAAGGAACAGAUCGCGGGAGAUCGAGGAGGAGAAGACCCGGAGCUCUUACGAUGACAAGAAGCCCCGGGAAGAUCGAAGCAGCAGGAGCUAUCUACCUUCGCGAGAUCAUCACUCGGAGGAUCACCACUCUCGUCAAUCGGAGAGCUCUCGCAGUAGCAGGCAUCACCACUCGGAAGCUAGCGACGAUCUCGCUCGGUGGCGACCAGAUCACUACGAGGAGGAUCGAUACAGGCAUACCAGCAGUAGUGGACGACACCACCAUCGGCGAUAAGCUCUUUUCCAAGUUCCGGAAGAGCGAAGAACAAAAGUUCUCUAUUUAACUAGGUCCCAUUUAAUUUGAAAGAAAUGUAUUCCA